AUGGAAGUUGGCGGAUCUACUCAGGACUGGGCCUCGGCAGCUAAUCUGCUCCAUUUCGGUGAAAAGAAAGCCCAAGUCAUGAGCAUUCUCCGUCCUACUUCGACGCGCUCAUCUUUAGGAUACUACGCUUUCAUGUCUCUACUUACUGAAGGUUUUUGUGUCUACCUAAAAGAUGAUGAUCCUCGAGAAGUUGGACUCAUGACGAUUAACAUUCUCUUGGAAUGGAUGGGCGCUGAUGAAGACUUGCUCGUUGUUAUAGGCGCUGACAUGGGAAAACGAUCAACAGAGCUUUCUGCAAGACUUGUGAGAUUCCAAUGCACUCAUGGAAUCGAGAAAUUCACAACCGAAUAUGAUGGAGAAGUUAGGCUAAUCUUUAUUGACAAUCGGAGCCAUCAAAAGACAAAUGCCAAUGUAAGACUUCUGGGUCCAACUCUCACGCCGGGAUUAUCAAGCAAUCGUUGCAGACGCGAGAUCCUGCAGUCCAAGAAUUCUCAAAGCAGUGGAAUUGUGACGAAGGCUAUCAGAAUCUAG